GCCGGGCCCAUGCUUUGAGCAGGCUAGCAGCAAGUACUCACCCUCGGAGGGUGAGCACCUUAUGCGGCCACCACAGUUCAAUAUCCUUACUACCCCUUAAUCGGCGCUUUUGGUUCACAUCAAAGAAUCGAGGAUACAAGGAUUUUUCUCCUCCACGCUAUUAAAGCCAGACGUAGCCGCGCCCCAAAAGCCUGCUUUUCACUUUUAUCACUCAUUUUGACCAUCAUGGCUAUCAAGAAAAGAACUAUCCGGCGCCGGCGAUCGGACAGUUCUAAAGCUAAAUGUCAACAGCGGAACCGACGGAGGGUUCAUUUGUUCCUGAAAGCUUUUGAAUACUGUCGGGAAUGCGACGCAGACAUCUGCCUAAUGAUCCGUCUGAAGCAUAAUGGCCAGGUUGUUUUCUUCAAGUCAGACAGUGACUGGCCUUUUCCGGAAGAACAGUUGGCGACACACUAUCCGAAGCCUAAGCAGGUUACUUGGCAAGAAUUGGCCGCCCAGUAUGAAUCUUAAAGAAACAAUAUUGUGCCGGACAAUGGAAUAUUUGAGCCUCUAAUUAGUUACAGAGCCGGUAACAAAGUAUCGGUUUGUCAUGCAG